CUUAUACAACGCAAGCUCAACGACCUGACUUUGCGACCAAUAGUGACAGCCAGCAUCCCGCACUCCCCGCUACCGCCUUUCCCUGUGCAACGAGCGCUGGUUCUAUGACAGUAGCCUACCUACACAACGUUUGUGCUCUUGUAUAGGGUUGAGGGGCCCUUUGCUGCAAGACUCGCAAGCUAGGCGAGCGGGCUCGCUCACUUGCGCCCUUCAGGCAGCUGCAACAAAAGCUAAUCACCAUGUACAUUCAACAGCUUGACAUUGACGGCUUCAAGUCGUAUGCAAACCAUGUCACCCUUAACAAUUUCGACCGGUCCUUCAAUGCCAUCACGGGCCUCAACGGUAGUGGCAAAUCCAACAUCCUGGACUCCAUCUGCUUCGUCCUGGGCAUUAAGAAGCUUGAACAGGUCCGCGCGCAAAACCUCCAAGAGCUGGUGUACAAGCAGGGCCAGGCGGGCAUCCAGCGGGCUAGCGUGUCUAUCACGUUCCGCAACGAUGACCCGAAGACCGGCCCCUCCGGUUAUGAGGACAAGGAGACCAUUGUGGUGACGCGCCAGAUUGCGGUGGGCGGGCGCAACAAGUACACCAUCAACGGGCAGGCCGCAACGGAAUCGCGCGUACAGGACCUGUUCCAGUCUGUGCAACUGAAUGUCAACAAUCCGACCUUCCUCAUCAUGCAAGGCCGCAUCACCAAGGUGCUUAACAUGAAGCCGCAUGAGAUUCUGGCGCUGCUGGAGGAGGCGUCGGGCACAAAGAUGUACGAGAAGAAGAAGCAGAACGCGCUGAAGACGCUGGAGAAGAAGGAGGCGAAGCUGCAGGAAAUCGACAAGCUGCUCAACGAGGACAUUGAGCCGGAGUUGGAGCGGCUGCGCAAGCAGUGCGGCGAGUACAACGAGUACAACACGCUCAUUUCGCAGCGCGAGCGCCUGCUGCGCUUCUGCCUGGCCUUCGACCACGUGCAGUGCACGCGGCAGCUGGAGUCGGGCGGCUCAGAGCUGAAGCUGAUGGAGGACGGCCUGACAGCCAAGGCCGCGGAGCGCGAUGAGCGGCAGCGCGAGGCGGGUGAGCUGGCGGCGCAGGCCCGUGACCUGGCCACAGAGAAGGAGAUCAAGGUGGGCGGCGAGAUGCGGGAGCUGCAGAAGACUGUGGACGAGCUGCAGCUCAAGCUGUCAGCCAGCACCACGGCGCUGAAGCACAAGCAGGAUGCGCUCAAGAGCGAGCAGGCGACGCUCAAAGGGCUGCAGGGCCAGGCCGCGGAGCUGGCGGCGCAGGACCUGGAGGGCGCGGUGGCGGCGGCGGCCAAGAAGCGCGACGACGCGCGCGCGGCGCUGGAGGCGGCGGAUAAGGCCGUGGAGGCAGCCACACGCGAGCUAGCAGGCGCGGAGGCGGGCGACGGCCGCGACGAGUCCAACCGCUCUCUGCAGGAGCGGCUGGAAGACGCGCGCAUGCAACAGACGGCGGCGGACGCGGCGCUGGCAGAGGCGGAGCUGUCCGUCAAGCACCUGAGCAAGCAGCUGGCGGAGCACCGCAAGUCGGCGGCGUCCAAGGAGAAGGAGGGCGCGGCGCUGAACAAGGAGCUGGACAGGAACCAGGCCAAGGUGGCGGAGUGCACCUCGCGGCUGCAGUCGCUGUCGUUCGACGAGGCUGCUCUGCAGCGGAUGGAGGCACGCCGCAACGAGUGUCGGGGCGCGGUGCAGCGCUGCCAGGACGCAGUCAGGGGACUGGAGGGAGAGGCGUCAGCGGCCCGCUUCGACUACACAUCGCCGUCUCGCAACUUCGACACGCGCAAGGUGCAUGGCCCUGUGGCUACGCUGGUCAACGUGACCGACCCCAGCGCAGCCCUGGCGCUUGAAGUCGCAGCGGGCGGCAAGCUGCACCAGGUGGUGGUGGACGACGACGCCACCGCCAAGGCGCUGCUGCAGCACGGCCAGCUGCGCCGCCGCACCACCAUCAUCCCGCUCAACAAGGUCAACUACCCCACCAUGAGCCCCGCGGUGCUGGAGGCAGCCAACCGGCUGAGCGGCGGCAAGGCGCGGCCGGCGGUGGACUUCCUGCAAUACGACCCCCGGGUGGCGCCCGCGGUGCAGUACGCCUUUGGCAACGUGUUCAUUUGCCAGGACGGCGGCACUGCCAAGCGCCUGGCGUUCAGCCGGGAGGUCAACAUGCGCUGCGUGUCGCUGGAGGGUGACGACUUCAACCCCGCCGGCACGCUGACGGGCGGCAGCCGCGGUAACCGCACCUGCCUCCUCGCCAAGCUGUCGGAGCUGAGUGCGGCGCGCGGCGUCCUGGCACAGCACGAGGCGGCGCUGGCGGAGGUGGAGACGCAGCUGCGGGCCAUGGAUGCGGCGGCGCGCGACCACGCCGAGUGCAGCAAGGAGUUGGAGCUGGCGCAGCACGGCUUGGAGCUGGCACGAAAGCGGCUCGCCGGCAGCGAGGCGGCGCAGCUGGUGGCGGCGGCGGACGCGACCGAGGCGCAGCUGGCGGCGGCGAACGAGGCUGGCAAAGCGGCGGCAGCCCGCAAGAAGGAAAUGGUGGACCAGGCCAAGGCUUUGGAGCGGGAGAUCCGCGACUUUGACAAGGACCGCGGCGCGCGCAUCAAGGCGGCACAGGACAAGCUGAAGAAGGCCAAGGCCGCGGCGGAGGCAGGCCGCAAGGCCCUGCGCGCCGCCGAGAGCGCGCUGGCAACAGCGGAGGCGGAGCGCGACGCGGCGGGCGGCGAGAACGAGGCGCUGGUGAAGCAGAUCGAGGCGGUGCAGCAGGCCGUGGCGGCCGCGGAGGCGGAGGUCUCCAAGCUGUCUGGUGAGGUGGACGCCAACAAGGCCGAGGUCAAGGCCGCGCAGGCCAAGCUGAAGAGCAUCAAGGACCGGCUGUCGGAGUGUGACGGCGAGAUCCGGGCGCUGGAGUCGGCCCGUGAGGCCAUGGCCAAGAAGGUCGCGGAGUGCGAGUCGGAGAUAAAGAAGCUGGACGCAAAGAUCAAGCUCAAGCGGGAAAACAUGUUGGUAGCCAAGGGCUGGCUGGAGCGCACGGAGAAGGAGAACGCCUGGAUCGCCACGGAGAAGCGGCACUUCGGCUCAGGCGACUACAGCUUUGAGGGCGUGGACAUUAACAGCAUGCGCAAGGAGUUUGAGGCGGCCAAGGAGCGGAGCGAGGCGCUCAAGGGCAAGGUCAAGGCCUCGGUGAUCAGCAAGCUGGAGGCGGCCGAGGCGGAGUGCCGCUCGCUGCAGGAGAAGCGCAAGGUGGUGAACCAGGACAAGGCCAAGCUGCACGAGGUGAUCACCGAGCUUGACGACCAGAGCCGCAAGGCGCUGGAGCAGGUGUGGGCGCAGGUGGACCGGUCGUUCGGUCAGAUCUUCUCCACGCUGCUGCCCGGCACCUCGGCCAAGCUGGAGCCCCCUGAGGGGGGCACCUACCUGGACGGCCUGGAGGUGCGUGUGGCGUUCGGCAGCGUGUGGAAGGAGUCGCUGACAGAGCUGUCGGGCGGGCAGCGCUCGCUUCUGGCGCUGUCGCUGGUGCUGGCGCUGUGCAGGUUCAAGCCGGCGCCCAUCUACAUCCUAGAUGAGGUGGACGCGGCGCUGGACCUGAACCACACUCAGAACAUCGGCCGCAUGAUCCGUGAGAACUUCCCCGAGAGCCAGUUCAUUGUGGUGUCGCUCAAGGAGGGCAUGUUCUCAAACGCGAACGUGCUGUUCCGCACCAAGUUCGUGGAGGGCGUGUCCACCGUCAUGCGCACCGUCACCGACACAGGCCGCAGCAACGCGGCGGCGGGGCGCGAGAACACGGCGGCGGGAGGCAAGGCGGCGGCCGCCAGGGGCGGCCGGGGCGCAGGGACUCUGCGCGAUGCCAACCGGUGAUGAAGCUUGGUGGCGGCACCAGGGCGGGGUGGCUGUAGCGGCAGUGGAGGCGGGGACCGCAUGUGUGGAAAGAGUGGGUAGGGGUGCGGCGGCGGUGUUACGCCUGUGCAUACCAGCUGCCGGCGCGUGGUGACUAGCAAGCCAAACGUGUUGCAGAGUUUUGAUGACACGUCUCGGCAUUGCUUUUGCGCGGUGUGCGUGUGUGAAUUUCCCGGGAUCCAAACGAUCCGCACUGGUGGCACGGUGGUCGGCGCCAAUGAUAUCCUUGGAGUGGGUAUGACGCCUGAGGGGGCGCCUGAGGGGAUGACCGACCGGGAUGACCGAUUGCGGGAUGGCCGGUUGCGGGAUGGCCUGGGAUGAUAUUGGGUGCACGGCCCUGCCCGUGUCGAUGUGGACGCGAUGGGACAUGGCAAGGGGCAGAUUGUUGUAGGCACGUGGCUGAUACAGCUGAGCCCCGAGAAACAAGUUACGCCCAACCCAGGCGUCGAUCAAACAUGGAAGAACGUCGCGCCCGCCUCCGUAACUGAACGUCUG